AUGGCUGCUGCCCCUUUCUUAGCAAUACGCACAAUUCAUCAACUCGCUCACGAUGAAGCGAAGGAUUUUCCUCGAGCUAGCAAAUUGCUUAUUCGCGACUUUUACGUCGACGACUUUGUAUCCGGAGCGGAUUCGUUGGAGGAGAUUCUAGCCAUUCGUGACGAAAUAAUUGCGUUGCUGCGUCGAGGCGGUUUUCUGAUUCGAAAAUGGGCAUCGAACCAUCGAUCUAUUUUGGACCAAAUAGAUUCAGGAGUUUUCGAGUUGGAUCACAUGGUCAAAGAGACUCCAAUCCAGAAAACGCUGGGAAUCAUUUGGGAUUCCGAGAAUGACCAAUUAAAAUAUACAGUUGUAAAAAUGGAUAACGAGACUACUGUGACCAAGCGAAGGCUCCUAUCAGAGAUAUCCAAGAUCUUUGAUCCUCUUGGAUUGUUAGGACCAAUUGUCUUGUAUGCUAAGGUGUUGAUGCAAGACUGUUGGAAAUCUAAGGUAAAUUGGGAUGAAUCUCUUUCUCAGGAUGUCUAUACCAAAUUGCAUUCGUUUUCUAUUCAGUUGCCUCUUCUUACGGAAUUCUCAAUUCCUCGCACGAUUUUGAUUGCGAAUCCCAUUAGGAGCGAGCUUCAUGGAUUUUGCGAUGCUUGUAUUUCUGGAUACGGAGCAUGUCUAUUUGUCAAAUCAUCUGACGCUCUUGGACAUGUCUCUAUUCGAUUGCUUUGCAGUAAAUCUAGAGUGGCUUCUCUGAAGGGACUUACCAUUCCUAAGCUAGAACUCAGCGCGGCUGUAGUUCUUCGAAAGCUCCUUUCUGAGUCUAAAUCUCAACUCCAUUUUUCCAUUGAUCAGAUCUACCUUUGGUCCGAUUCAACCAUCGUUCUCUUUUGGUUAAAGAAAUCUCCUCACGUAUUGCAAACUUUCGAGGCUAAUCGGGUAUCGUACAUCCAAUCGUUACCAGACAUCGUGCAUUGGCGACAUGUUAAGUCUGAAGACAAUCCAGCUGACUCACUUUCCAGAGGCCAAUUACCAUCUGAAUUUCUAGCUAAUUCUUUGUGGAAUUCUGGUCCUGAUUGGUUACGUCUUCCCGAAGGAGAAUGGCCUGAAUCAUCCACUCCUUGCUCAUCGGUAACUCUAGGUCUCAAAAGGGCUGGUUGUUUUCUUACCAAGCCUGCAUACAGCGAAAUCUAUUUGCGUUUCUCGAGGUUUGAACGAUUUGUGAGGGUUGUUGCUUUUAUUCUGCGUUGGAAACGAAUCAGAUCUCAAAAGAAACCAGAACGGUUGUUCCCAGAGAUCUCCGAAUCGAAGGAUAGGAUUUCCAAGAUUCUCCAGUUGAUCCGACCAUUGGAGGUCUCUGAAUUAUUAAAUUCAGAAGAUCAAAUCAUAUUCAUGGUUCAAUCCGAAAAUUUUUCAAUUGAAAUUCGUCAAUUGAAAAAAUUUCCCAAUCUCAAAACUUGGUUAGGCAGUUUACAUCCUUUUAUCAAAGACGACAAGUUACUUCGGGUAGGGGGUCGUUUGAAAUUGUCUGAUCUUCCAUACAAUCAAAAACAUCCAGUUUUACUUCCUAGUAAACAUCCGGUUACAGAUAUGAUUAUCCGCCAGGUUCAUCGUGUCAAUCUCCACGCUGGAAUUCAAUCCACUCUUUCUUCCAUCAGAUCGAACUAUUGGAUUCUCAAUGGAAAAAACCAAGUGCGGAAUGUUGUUAGACAUUGUGUGGAGUGUAUUCGUCAACGGCCAAUAAUCGUUCAUGCUCAAAUGGCCGAUCUACCCAAGACUCGAAUAAAUGAAUCGCCAGCUUUCUCUCAUGUAGGAGUAGAUUUCUUUGGUCCAAUCUUAAUCAAAGAAAAAAAGGAUCGAAAUAGGUCGUUCAUCAAAACCUAUGGCUGCGUUUUUGUGUGUCUAGCUUGUAAGGCCGUACAUAUCGAACUGGCGACCGAUCUUUCCUCUGAAGGUUUCCUGGCUGCCUUUGAUCGGUUCAUCAGCCGCAGAGGAGUCCCCGAACAUGUUUAUUCGGACAAUGGCACUAAUUUCGUUGGGGCUAGUAACGAACUUCGUGAAGUUUAUGAUCUUUUUGAAACUCCAGAAUUUCGAAAGACAAUAGGCACUUAUGCCAUUGCCAAACGGAUAGAGUGGCAUUUCAAUCCACCUCUGUCUCCUCAUUUCGGAGGUAUUUGGGAAGCAGCUGUCAAAAGCUUCAAACACCAUCUUAAGCGUGUUCUCAAGGAUCAGAAACUUACUUACGAACAGAUUAACACUCUUCUCAUCCAAAUUGAGGCAAUCCUCAAUUCUCGUCCUCUCUGUUCGCUUUCUACUGACCCCAACGAUCCUGUGUCCAUUACUCCUGCUCAUCUAUUAGUAGGACGUCCAUUCAAUGUCUUACCAGAAAAAUCUGUCCUUUCAGUUCCAGGCAAUCGACUCUCGACGUACAAAUUCCUUACCAAAGUGCGCCAGGACUUCUGGAAUAAAUGGCAUAAGGAGUACCUGCAUGAAUUGCAAACCCGCCAAAAAUGGCAUGACUCUACUGCGGAACUCAUCGUUGGAUCGGUGGUGAUUCUAAUGGACGAUAUCACCUAUUGUUCAAGAUGGCCACUGGGUGUGAUCGUCGAGGUACAUCCUGGGAGUGACGGCAUCGCUCGAGUAGCUUCUGUCAAGACUUCAACCGGCAUCUACAAGCGUAACAUCACCCGUUUGUGUAUUCUUCCCACGACUAAGAUUAGCAAAUUGUUAUGA